CGGGUGUAGACCGAGUAAGGGUAGUUUUGUAGUUCUUCGACUUUUGAAGGUUUUUUUUUUUUCUGGAGAGUAGGAAGAAGAAGAAGGGGACGAUCGAAUCGAAGAAGAAAGACACGACACACACAGUUGAUUGUAAAAACGGUGAAAGCAAAGGAGGAGGAAGUGAUGUUUUCACUGAUGCAUGGACUGUGGACUCACAUGUUCAGCAAGACUGAGUUCCAUGUCCUCAUUCUUGGUAUCGACAAAGCUGGCAAGACGACCUUCUUGGAGAAGUUGAAGACGAUCUACUCAAUCUCUCAAGGUCUUCCGCAUGAUCGUAUUGUCCCCACUGUUGGCCUAAACAUUGGUCGUAUCGAACUCUCUAAUGCCAAAAUUGUGUUUUGGGACCUCGGCGGUCAGCCUGGUCUGCGUUCGAUUUGGGAGAAGUAUUAUGAAGAAGCACACGCAUUGAUAUAUUUGAUCGAUGCAGCUUGCCCUUCUCGCUUUGAAGAGUCUAAAUCUGCUCUAGAAAAAGCACUGCGGCAUGAGGAUUUGCAAGGAGCGCCUCUUUUGAUAUUGGCAAACAAGCAAGAUCUCUCAAAUGCUGUCUCGGCUGAGGAACUGGACCGAUACUUGGAUCUAAAGAAACUGGAUGAGAGGGUGUACAUGUUUGAAGCAGUUUCUGGAUAUGAUGGAAGAGGAAUCAAGGAAAGUGUAGAAUGGCUGGUGGGAGUGAUGGAGAGAAGCAAAAGAACCGAAACACUAAGAGCUCGUACCGGAUAUGUUCCUGUCCCAUCUUCCUAGACGUUUGAAGAGAUACUCAAGCCAACUAGCUUUCCCUGAGGAUGCAUUUUGUAGAUAGAAAACAAACCUGAAUCUUGCAUUACAUUGCGUUGGCAUGAUGAGUAGUAGUAAUCUUCUUUACUAUUGCCUUUUAAUUUUUCUCUUGUCACAAACUCAUGCCACUCAUCAAUUUUUUCAAAUGCAGUACUCA